UUAAUAGGCAGAACUAUGCCUAAGAGAAUAACCUCAUCAGACACGUCUGUCAAAGCACAAAGCAAAAAAGCAAAACAAAACCCAGGACCUGGUCUACAGGGCGAAAGUGUGACACGGAAAAAAGUGAAAACGUUAGGUGAUACUGAUGCACCAAAAAGUAAGAAGACAUGUGAACCAAAGAGCAAUCAAAAAUGUCUUGGUAAAAGGAAGAUAAAAUCAGAUUUUGAAGAGAAACCUGCUAAGGUACGUCACCUGUCAGAUGUUCGUGCCCCAGAACAAAGUAGGACAAAGUCAAAAAAGAAGAAAAAACUUGGGGUGAAAGAAGAACCAGGAGAUGUUAAACAAAAAGUUAUAUUUAAGGGUUUCCCCUCCAUUCCGAAGUGUGAAGAGGUAUAUGAUAAAGACAAAUCUAUAAAGACAGAAGGUGAUGAAGACGAAAGUGAAGAUGAAUGGGAAGACGUGGAAGAUCUCCAUGAAGUUGUGUCUGAAGUCUCAACAGGCUCUGCACUUACAGAAACUACCUUACCAGCUAAUCCUGUGGAGAUUGAAAUUGAAACUCCAGAGCAGGCAAAAAAGAGAGAAAAAAGGGAAAAAAGGAAAGCUGAAUUUGAAAUGUAUCUUCGAAGAAUGUUGAACCGCUUUAAGAAGGAAUUACGAAUAGACACUCACAAGGUCCACCUGCUAUGUCUGAUUGCAAAUGGCAUCUUUAGGAAUAGAAUCUGCAAUAAUACAAACCUUCAAGCUAUUGCACUGUCCUUAAUACCAGCCCAGUUCACUAAGCUGAAGCCUGCUCGCAUUGAUCUCCUGUUCCUUACAAACCUUGUUAGAUGGUUCGUCUCUGUAUUUUCCCUUAAUACUGAGUUGUCAGUUGAUAACAGAGAAAGUAUACAGUCAAGACUAGAGAGGAGGCUUGGAAACUACUCUGUAAAAGAUGAAGAAGAGUUGGUUCAUGUUUUUUUGGUUAUUCUUCGUGCAUUACAGCUGAUGUGCCGCCUUGUGCUUUCACUUCAGCCUGUUCCCUUAAAAGAGGCAACAGACAAGGAUAAAAAGUCACCUGGUAGCUGUUCUAGAAAAAGCUUGGGUUCUUCUCGAAAAACUCAAUCCAGUUCAAAGAGGACUGCAUCUUCAAAGCUUGUGAAGAAUUUAAAAGAGGAGAGAAGUCUGUCUGAUGACAGUGAGGAAGAUGCUGAAAUGGAGGAAGAGAAGCAGCAGACCUCUAUUAUGAAGAAAGGUGCAACAAAUAACAGCAAACCUAGGACUGCAGCCAAGAAAAUAAAACUGCCAUCUAGUAUUGCAGUGAAGUCAGAGAGUAAAGAAGUGGGUCUAGGACCUAAAAAUGACCGUAGGCGAAGUACGGCCUCCAAAGUUUGCUAUAAAGAAGAAAGUGAAAAUGAUGACAACAGUGAUUCAGAUUUUGAGCUUUCAGAUGCUGACGGUAGCAGUUUUUCUGAUGACAUGGGAAAAGCAUUUGCUAGUAAGCAGCAACAAACUGGACUUCAGAAGAAAAAGAUACUCAAAAAAGGCAAAAACGAAAGCAGCAUUUCAGGAAAAAUAGUUAGUGAGAGUUCUGUGGGUAGUAAUGCUGCAGUAGAAGAGCCAAAAGAAACCUUGCCCAAAGUAAAGAAACUGUCAUCCAAAAAUAAUAAAAUUAUCUCAAGUGAUGAAGAUGAGGAUGGUAAUGUACUAGGGCAAACAGAGUUUGCCAAAGGAGUUGACCACUGGCUAGAAGUUUAUGUUGAACGUGAAGAGAAAUGGGUAUGCAUUGAUUGUGUGCAUGGCUCUGUCAGUCAGCCUCAGCUGUGCUACAAGUAUGCAACAAAGCCCAUUUUCUACAUUAUUGGUAUUGAUAAUGAAGGCUUUGUUAGGGACAUUACACAAAGGUAUGAUGCAGCCUGGAUGACAGUCACUAGAAAAUUGCGUGUGGACCCUGCAUGGUGGCAAGAGACACUGGAACCCUACAGGAGUCCUUUCAAUAAAAGAGAGGAAAAGGAAGACUUACAGCUUCAAGCAAAAUUGCUUGACCAGCCACUUCCAAAAUCCAUAAAUGAAUACAAAAACCAUCCACUGUAUUCACUGAAGAGACACCUAUUAAAGUUUCAAGCCAUCUACCCUUCCACAGCCAGUAUACUUGGAUACUGCAGAGGAGAAGCUGUUUACGCAAGGGACUGUGUGCAUACCCUUCACUCCCGAGACACCUGGCUGAAGGAAGCACGAGUUGUGAGACUUGGGGAGGUGCCAUACAAGAUGGUAAAAGGGCAGUCUAACAGAUCAAGAAAGGCACGGUUAGCAGAACCAGAGAACAGUGAUAAAGAUGACUUGGCUUUGUUUGGUUUGUGGCAAACUGAGGAAUACCAGCCACCAGUGGCUGUGGAUGGAAAGGUACCUCGCAAUGAGUAUGGAAAUGUAUAUCUUUUUAAGUCCUGUAUGUUGCCUAUUGGAUGCGUGCAUCUGCAAGUUCCAAGUCUACAUCGAGUUGCACGGAAACUUAACAUAGACUGUGCUGCAGCUAUCACUGGCUUUGAUUUUCACGCCGGUUAUUCACACCCAGUGGUAGAUGGGUAUGUGGUAUGUGAAGAAUAUAAGGAUAUACUUUUGACAGCCUGGGAGAAUGAACAAGCAGAGAUAGAAAGGAAGGAAAAAGAGAAACGUGAGAAGCGAGUUCUUGCAAAUUGGAAGCUCCUUGUGAAAGGUUUGCUUAUAAGAGAGCGUCUGAAGCAGCGCUAUGGCAAUAAGGAUGGUAAAGUAAGAACAAUUGGACAAGGAGGAGGUGGGUUCUCAUCGGAUGAGGAGGAGGAGGAGGAGGAGCCAAGUUCUCAAACUGCAGCCAAUGAUGCAUCCUGCUCAUGGCCUGAGAAUCGCAAAGCUGAAGAACAGGAAAGCAGCAAAAUUGGAAGAAUGAGCAAGAGGGAAAAAAAAGGAGAAGAAAAAAAUUUAUUUCCUUUUGAAAAGUAAUUUCUGCGUGCAUUACCAGGACACUAUCAAAAUGAUAAAGCAAACAUUAAAAUUGUAACUGUUUCAUUGGGUGAAGUAACAUUACAAAAAUAUCUGCUUCCCUUUUGUACAAGUUUUUGAUAAACAAAAAUGUCAUGUUAUGCAGACUUUUAGUUCAUUAUAACUGACUGGAAAUUGCCCUUACACAUGUUGCAGACUCUGUUGGAUUGUUUAUUUCAUCGUAGAAAGUGUUACUUCAGCAUUUGCUGGUUAUACAUGAUCAUUUCUUUGGUAAUUUCUGGAUCAUUUAACUUUGGCAUCUAACUGCACAUUUUUAAAUUGUUUGAUGUAAACACUGUACAACUAAACAGCAGCUGGGAUUUAUUUAACAGCAAUGGCAAAAGUUCAUUACCCUUUUUCCAGUGAAAGAUAUAUUAAUAUUUAUUGCAUUGCAAAUGCAGAGUAAAUAUUUUAUUUAAAAAGAGAAAUGUAUGCUUGUUUAAGGAAAGGGAGGGUUUUGUGACUUCAUUAAGGGCAGGCCCAGAAUAAUUUUCGUCCCAUUUGCCUUGAAGCAGUGUAAAGUCUGCCUUUGCACUGUUACACCAGGGAAUAUGAACAUGUUUUUUCUAUGUAUGCCGAGAAAGCAGGAUAUCAGUAUAUAUCUACAGAGAUAAUCUGCUCUUGAUGAGGGAGGUCUUAUAUUUUACUGUAUGUGCAUGGUGUCUGACUUUUUGGCCAUGUAUUCAUUUCUGUUCUCUGAUGUUUAUACUGAAGUUCUGUGUUUAUUUAAAUAGGAAGUUAGCUGGAGGUUGUGAGCAAAAUCAGGUUGUUAGAAUAUUUAGUGCUUCCAAACAUAGUUUAGAACUACUGUGUCUCUGAUACUAGAGCAACACCACUCCAAAUUAGGUGACAGGGUGUGCAUGCUUUGGUAAUAUAAUGAAUAAAUUUAUAAGAAAACACCAAGAUAAUGUGUUCCCUGCAACAGUCAAUUAUAGCAUGGACCACUGAAGAAAAUGUCCAGACCACUCAUUUAGACAUUUCUUGUGAGUAGUAGUGCUAGCAAUAGGCCAGGGUUCCUUGCUGUAAUAUAAGUAGAGCAAAUGUUUAUUACAACAUGUGGCCUGAAAACAGGUGAGAUGUAAGUUUCUGAUGUAUGAUACUUUUAAGAGGCAGAUACAGUGCAUGUCACAUUAUGUUUGCACACCCUUAUUUCUUUGCCUUCACUCUUACUACUGAGUGGAACAUGUACAAUAAUGUUUGAUUUUCCUGUGGCACACCAUCAUGGUUUGUAGACCACUUUCAAAACUGGGCAGUUUCUGUUGUCCCUGAAACUAAAUGCUGAUAUUUUGCUUCAGCUGUUACUUUGAGGAGUGUGACUUACUAAAAUGUUAAAUGGGGGUUGUUUACUUUAAAUUCUGAUGUCCUUUGCUAUCACUGCGUUUCACAGUCCUCACCUCAUCUAAUGACUUGCACUUUUGAAACAGCAGCACUUCUGUCUUGUUGCAUCACGUAUGGUCAGAUCAACAUUGAUAAGUAAACUUAACUACAUUGCACUGAGUGAAAGACUGAUAGUGAUAAUCACUGACCCUGGAAGUGGUAGUGCAGUUCUGUCUUUGGAGACUGUGGCUCCUUCUGCUCUAUCAGGUCAUGGGAAUUAAAAGUUUUUCUUAAAAAAUGUUGGCUUCCAGCUUUACAUUCCGUGCCCUAAGAUAGGGAUCUGUAUCCUUAGCAUUACAACUGUCACCCUCCCCCAAAUUUGGGCUUAUGAUUUAUUAAUGAGGAAGUUAAUCAUGAAUAAUUGUUAUGUGGGGUACUUGUCAUUAGGAUCCUCCUUCAUACUUUUUAAAUACUUCAAGCUUCUAACAUACAGUUUGAUAUCACUUAGUGGAGUCAUUUAGAGCAACAAUGCUGAUUGUAAUGUUUGAUAUGAAUGCAGUAGCUGAAUUAUGAAAGCUUUUGUUUAGAAAGAGAACAGUAGACUUCAGCUUAAGAAAUUAAGGGGCUUUCUAGAACAGAUCCUCACAUAUGGGUACCUUUUUUCUCCAUUCAUAUUGUUAAGUAGUAGAAACCCUUAGUUCUCAUCUUCAUUGAAGCCAUACCCCCUUGGUUCAUGAUGUCCUUCCCUGUAUUUGAGUUAAGGGUAUAUUCAGUAAAGGACUUUGUAAAUGCUUCGUUUCCAUCUCACUCUCCUGAUAGUUUUGUGUCAUUUUGGAAAAAUGCUUACAUUUAAAUCAAAACGGUAGAGAAGACUUAAACCACCGAAGCUUACAGAGUGCCCAUGUUGUCACCAAACCAUCAUAUGUUCAGCUGGUGUCUUUGCACUUUUUCAUGAAACCUGUAACUAUUUAGGCAAAUAAAACACAAUUCGUUCUUAACCAGUCAUUACAUUACAAGGAUGGAAUUAGGAGAAUGGUAGAACAGCUGUUAAGAAAUGCAGCAUAGGUGUUCUUUCCCAAUCCUAAUGCCUUAUAACACAUUCCAUGAAACAGGUGAAGCUGACAGAGUCCCCUCUACUCUUCCUUUAUAAAUGCUGCAAGGACUAGUAAGUGCACGUAGCACCGCUGUGCACCAAAGUGGAUACAACUUCCUUGAAUAUGAGUACUGAGAAACUUUUUUUCUUCCUGAAUGGAGAAAAUUCCCUUGACAUGUAGAGAUCUGUUUCAGGAGUCCCAUUUACUCAUCUGUAGUUGUGUGUUGAAUUGUGGCAUACCUAUAAUUUUAGUUUAUCUAAUAAUGUAAUACAUUUUGUAGGCCAGUGAUAUACAUGGAAAGUAGAGAUUAUAAUAUAUUUGAGAACAAGACAUGGACCAUUUGUGACUUUUAAACAGUUACAUCAUUUUUGUAUGCAUUUAAUUACUUAUAUUACUUUAAGAUCCAUUUUUCAGUGCAGAUAAUGUGAUUGUUCGAUACUUUGUUGUAUAAAAGAAAAGUCUUAGAAGUUUCCUGAAAUACAAAAAAUGUACAACUUACAUUUCCUUUUGAUAGAAAUUAAAUUGUGAUAUAAAAGUUUGUGUAUGCAUCAUA